AUGCCCGUGGAACAUGUCGCGUCCAUCCAUGAUCCUAUCAACCCAUUACUCGGCGUCACACGGGCCAAACUGCUAAGUGAUGUGGACAGCUUUGCAGUGACAUAUGGACUCGAGGAGCACCGCGAGCUUCUACGCCAAGGCGCACUUCUCGCUCAAGAUGCACAGUAUGCGAGCCAGCUCACAGAAGAGGAGCAGACAAAGGUCUCUGAGGAGGUUACCCAUAAAUGGCAACACCCUAAGACGAUGUACCUCACCAUCAUUCUCAACUCCAUCGCUGCGGCCGUCCAAGGAUGGGAUGUUACCGGUUCCAAUGGGGCCAACCUGUCUUUCCCAGAAGCUUUUGGCAUUGCCGACACUGGAGAUGAGUGCACGAGCUCUGGCACCUGCGAGACCAAUUCCUGGCUGAUCGGUGUUAUCAACGCCUUUCCCUUCAUCACCAUCAGCCUUCUUGCAUGCUGGGCCUCAGACCCUCUCAAUCAUUACCUUGGUCGUCGCGGUACCAUAUUCCUAGGCGCAAUUUUUAGUCUGCUUGCACCAAUUGGAUCUGCUUUGACACAGAACUGGGGCCAGCUCCUUGCUUGCCGCUUUCUCCUGGGGGUGGGCAUGGGGGUGAAGGAUGUGACUGUGCCCGUGUACUCUGCAGAGAAUGCCCCAGCGAACAUCCGCGGCGCACUGGUCAUGAGUUGGCAGAUGUGGAUCGCGUUUGGCAUUUUCUUGGGCAACACUGCUAAUCUUGCCGUCAAGGAUGUCGGCGAUAUUGCUUGGAGACUACAGCUUGGCUCGGCCUUCAUACCCGCGGUGCCCUUGCUCUUGGGAAUCUUUUUCUGCCCCGAGUCUCCACGUUGGCUGAUCAAGAAGAGACGUUACGCAGACGCAUUUCAGAGCCUCCUCCGGCUCCGCAACUCGUCUAUACAGGCGGCUCGUGAUCUAUACUUCAUGCACGUCAUGAUUGAGUACGAGGAAAACGUUAUUGUGCAUGGUCGUGGUGUAGGCUUGGUAGGAUUCGUCCGCCGCUUCGGAGAUCUGCUCAGCAUUCCUCGACUGCGACGAGCCACGGUCGCCUCUUUCGUUGUUAUGAUCGCCCAGCAAAUGUGUGGAAUCAAUAUCAUUGCAUUCUACUCAGCCACCGUCUUCACCGAAGCCAAUGCCACAGUCACCCAGUCGCUUCUUGCAUCAUGGGGCUAUGGUCUUGUUAACUUUGCGUUUGCCUGGCCCGCUAUCUGGACGAUUGAUAAAUUUGGUCGCCGUGCAUUGUUGCUUUUUACCUUCCCACAUAUGGCGUGGACGCUGCUAGCUGCUGGAUUCUGCUUUUGGAUCCCCGAGGACAGCCGGGCGCACCUCGGUAUGGUAGCUUUCUUCAUUUUCCUCUUUGCUGCGGUAUACUCUCCAGGAGAAGGACCCGUUCCAUUCACCUAUUCGGCCGAGUGCUUCCCUCUAUCGCACCGCGAGAUUGGCAUGUCCUGGGCCGUUGCGACCAACUUCUUUUGGGCUGCUGUCUUGACAUUAACCUUUCCCCGCAUGCUACUUGCUUUCGGCGCACAGGGUUCGUUUGCAUUCUACGCUGGUACGAAUGUUAUGGCACUCGUACUGAUCUUCUUCUUUGUACCUGAGACCAAGGAACUUUCUUUGGAAGAGCUCGAUGCCGUUUUUCAAGUACCGACUCGUCGCUUCGUCAAGUUCCAAUUCUCGAAAGUCUUGCGCUAUACCAUCAAAUUCCGGAUCCUUGGGCAGAAGAACAUCCGAGAACCAAGACCAGAGGUUUGA